AUACAUCCAACCUCUCUAUAAAAGUGAUACAAACUUGAGAUUGAAUUUCAACAACAUAUGUGAGUUAGACCAAUUAAUCAAGGUAGUGUGUCUGUCUCCUUACACCUAAGUUCGAAUUUUUCUUCCUAUAAAUUAAGGUAUUUUAGAUAUCGUUGUGUUCAAAAGAAAAACCUAGCAAAGAAAACAAAAGAGGGAGAAAUGGUCAAUCCACAUGUUUUGGUGAUUCCUUAUCCAGCACAAGGCCAUGUAAUUCCUUUGUUUGAGCUUUCAAGAUGCCUUGUAAAACACGGCAUCGAGGUCACGUUUGUAGAUACAGAGCAUGUUCACAUGCAAAUGAAAAAUGCACUGGCAGUGGAGGAUGAAAUAGGGAGUAAAAUUCAUCAUGUAUUUGUUUCUGAUGGGUUAGAAUCCUUGGAAGAUAGGAAAAUACCAGGGAAGUUUUCUGCAGCAAUCAUGCAGGUUAUGCCCGGAAAGUUCAAGGAGCUUAUCGAAGAGAUUAACGGAUCAAAUGGGGAUCAGAUCACUUGUGUUCUUGCUGAUCAGAGUCUUGGAUGGGCCCUGGACAUUGCCGAGCAGAAGGCGAUCAAGCGCGCUGCCUUCUGCCCGGCAGCAGCUGCACUCUUGGUGCUUGGAUUUAGCAUCCCAAAGCUUAUUGAUGAGGGAAUUGUUGCCAAUGAUGGAACUCCCACAAAGAAACAAGUAAUUAAGUUAUCACCAGAAAUGCCUGGCAUGAACACAUCAAACUUUGUGUGGGCAUGCCUUGGCAGCAAGGCUCUGCAGAAGAAUGUGUUUCAACUUAUGGUUAGAAACAACCAAUCAACAAAAUUAGCAGACUGGUUACUUUGCAACUCAACCUACGACCUUGAGCCGGCGGCGUUUUCCAUGGCUCCACAGAUCCUACCAAUAGGUCCACUUUUGGCAAGCAACCAACUCGAAAGCUCUGCCGGAAACAUCUUGCCGGAUGACUCUUGCUUGAAUUGGCUUGACCAACAAUCUCCACAAUCAGUCAUAUAUGUUGCGUUUGGUAGUGUCGCAGUUUUUGAUCGAAAACAGUUCGAAGAGUUGGCCUGGGGGCUUGAACACUCCAAUAGGCCUUUUUUGUGGGUGGUCAGGGAUGAUAAUGCACACACAAAAAAUGAAGCCUUCCCGGAAGGAUUUCUUGACAGCGUUGCUGAUCGUGGGCGGAUAGUAGCUUGGGCACCACAGCAGAGGGUUCUGUCUCAUCCGUCAAUCGCGUGUUUCGUGAGCCAUUGUGGCUGGAAUUCCACAAUGGAAGGUGUAAGUUACGGGGUGCCUUUUAUGUGCUGGCCUUACUUUGCUGACCAGUUUUUAAACCAAACCUACAUUUGUGAAGUUUGGAAGGUUGGUUUGGGGUUCGAACGGGAUGAAAGUGGUAUCGUCACGCGAAGAGAAAUCUCAAGCAAGGUGGAGCAGCUGCUAGGAAAUGAUGAAAUAGGAGCCAGGGUUUUAGACAUGAAGAAAAAGGUUAUGGAUAGUGUCAAAGAAGGUGGCGGCUCAAACAAAAAUUUCAAUAGUUUUGUUGAUUGGAUGAAACGAUAAGUGACUUCUUCGAGCAUUGUUUUCAUACUUGACUUACUUCUUGCAAGGAGUUGAGAUCAAGCUGGUGUAAACUACAAAAAUUAAAACCGAGUUUACGUGUGUAAAUCUUUCAGUGCUUCCAGAAUAAAAAAUGAAACCUAGUUUCAUCA